AUGGCUUCUAGCUUGAAAACUAUUAAAUUACCUCCACCUGAACCAGUUGAAAAAGUGUUUGUUCAUCAACUUAAUUUAACUUCCGCAGAUGUUCGUAAGAGAGAAAAAGAGAAAAAAAUGGUGGAAGAGGAGAAAGAAAAAUUGAAAUCUCAGAAAGAAAUUUUACAAAGACAGAAAGAAGAGGAGAAGAAACGAGAUGAUCCAAAGAGAAAAAAGAAUUUUAUGGAAACAGAAGUACCUGAAACAGAGGAUUCUAUUUUAAAAUUCGGCCAACCGGGUGCCGGUGCACCUAAUCGUACUAAAUCUGGAAGAUUGAAAACACAAAUAGCGGGUGAUGUGGAUAUUCGUUUUCAGCCUGCUCAAGCAGUUAAAUUAAGUAUAGAAAAUCAAUUAAGAUACAAGAAUACAGAUAAAGAAAAUUACAGAAGUGAACUAGACAAUUUAAUUCAGUCUAAACAAUCUAUUAAAGAACAAGAAAUAGAAUGGAAUAAACAGAAGCAAGAAGAAAUGGAGAAAUUUUACCCGUUUGGAAGAUCAAAGGAAAACGGUGGGUCACCAUUACAGAAGUCAGAUCCAAUAUUUCUACCUACAAAUCCCUUUCAGAAAAAUGAACAGACAAACGAUCCUUUUAAUCCAUGGGGAAAAGGCUUUGGAAAUCCCGAGCGUGAUGGAAAAGGCAACGUAUUACGACAUUCAACAGUUCGUUCCAAAGAUGUGGGAAUACCAGAUCCUCCUCCUCCUCCCGAAGAUCUGGGUUUAGUUCUUCCUAUUUCGGAAAAUAAAGGUGGAAAUGGUUAUCCACAUCGAACGAAAAGUGGAAACAUCAAAACUAGGCUAAAGAAUACUUUAGAUAGGGCCGAUCAAUCUGGUAAUGUUAUAUCAGAAAACAUAGAAGGUAAUGGGGAAACUUAUAAUCCAUUUGGGAAACCAGGAGCAGGAGCACCUUUCUCUCGAGAAGCUGGGAAAAAUUUUAUGGAAAAAAUGGGUUGGACAUCAUCAGAUCCUAAAGACUUUAAUAAAAAAGAUGCAAAGUUAGAAUAUUUAAAUACGUUACAAAAGGAAAUUGAAGAAAAGAAAAAUCGAGAUAAACAAGAAAGAAUUCAAAUAAGAGAGCCCACAACAGAAUUUGUUGAUGUUUUAAAAACUAAGGAAGUGGGCAAACCAAAGAAAGACCCUAUCACUGGGGAAAUGAAACGUAAUCCAAGAAUAGUGUCGGAUGUAACAUCUCAUAAACUUGAUAUAAGGCGUGCCAAAACUGAAGAGAGUUCGGACUAUAAUAAUUUCCUCAAACAACAAACAGAAGAAAAACAAAAGAUGCUGCAACAAGCAAAAACUAAAGAACAAGAAGAAAUAAUGCAGCAUCAAGACAAAUGGAACAGUUUUUGGGGAAAACCUGGAAAUGGUGCUCCAUUACAACAACACAAAAAAGAAAAUCUAUCUUCACUUUUACAUAAUCCACAAGGAACGACCGAACCGUAUGUAAAGCGGUACACAAUGGAAGUUGUGCCGAGUAAACACAAGAAUUUUUAUGAAUUGUCUACCAAGGAUGCGAAUAACGUCAUCAAAAAAGAGUAUGAAUUUAAAACUCCUUGGCCAGCGAUGACUUAAGUUGUCUUCUACUGCACUCCUCGUGUUUAAUGAAAAACUUGGAUGCUUUUCUCAUCUUGUUUGCAGAUAAGAUGAAAAUUAAGCAUUUGAAUUACACUUGAUGUGCCUUAUAUGUUAAUUUUUUAUUCAUUUAUUUUUAUUAAUUCAAUAAGAACUAUA